AUGAGAACCUCAGGGCCAGGCCAUUGUGAGGAAAAUGUGGUUCUAGAAUCCUCAGGUGCUCUGGUUCAGUGUUGGGAGCUCCUCCUCACAGCUCUGUUCACAGUCUCUUGGGUGCCCAACACCAGGGCCCCUCUUCCCCAAAUCCAGUUGAAUAUGUUUCUCUUACUUAUAAGUCUUUAUCUGCUUGGAUCUGCCAGAGGAACAUCAUCAGGUCAGCCUGAUGAGCCUCCAGCCUCUACUGAUCAUCAAGUUUCAGUUCAAGAACUUCCAGGUGAGUUCUUUUCACUUAUAAACCCUUCAGAAAAUGAAGCUUUUCAUGAGCAGUCUUCAGGAGAGAAUGCUUUAACUGAGCAUUCUUCAUCUGAGCAUUCUUCUGGUGAGCACUCUUCCAGCAAGCACACUUCCAGUGAACACAUUUCCAGUGAGCACACUUCCAGCGAUCACACCUCAGGUGAGCAUAUUUCCGACGAUCACACUUCAGGUGAGCAUAUUUCCAGUGAGCAUACUUCCGAUGAGCACACUUCAGGUGAGCAUAUUUCCGGUGAGCACACCUCUGGUGAGCACACUUCUGGUGAGCACUCUUCCGGCGAGCACACUUCCAGUGACACUGCUUCAGGUGACAAGCCUUCCGCUGAAAAGCCUGCAGGUGAUCAGCCUUCGGGUGAAAAGCCUUCGGGUGAACAGCCUUCGGGUGAAAAGCCUUCGGGUGAACAGCUUUCGGGUGAAAAGCCUUCAGGUGAAAAGCCUUCGGGUGAACAGCCUUCGGGUGAAAAGCCUUCAGGUGAACAGCUUUUGGGAGAACAGCCUUCGGGUGAAAAGCCUUCAGAACAACCUUCAGGUGAAAAGCCUUCAGAACAGCCUUCAGGGGAAAAGCCUUCAACUGAACAACCUUCAGGUGAACAGCCCUCAGGCACACAAGCUUCAAGCACAUCAUCUUCAGAUGCAUUAAGUUGCCACACAUGUGCUUAUAUGAAUGAUCAAGGAAAAUGUCUUCGUGGGGAAGGCGUCUGCUCCACUCAGAAUUCCCAGCAGUGCAUGCUAAAGAAGAUCUAUGAAGGUGGAAAACUCCAAUUCAUGGUGCAAGGGUGUGAGAACAUGUGUCCAUCUAUGAACCUCUUCUCCCAUGGAACCAGGAUGCAAAUUAUAUGCUGUCGGAAUGAGUCUUUCUGCAACAAGAUCUAGAAGUCUGUGCCCUUCCCUCCCUUGCUUCUUGCUCUGACUCAGGCAGCAAAAGGCCUUCUCCAUCACCCUAAUGGGCUCAAUCUGUAUUUAAUUUCUUCCCCUUCAACAACUCACUACAUUUGCCUCUGCCUGAGUUCUAGACAGGAUGUUCUCCCUUCCCUCUCCUAUUCAUGUCCAUUCUUCUCUACUCUGUCUUCCCUGCUUCUUCCCACUCCCAUCUCCAAACAUUCUUGAUUUUCUUUUUCAAUAAAUCUUGCAAGGAUAAAGAA